AUGGAUGACUGGAAUAGUGACUUGUCUCCUGAAGAGCUGCUUUUCCGUGCAGCGAAAUGCAGUGAGGAUCAUCGUAUCGUUGAUAUACGUCGACAAGCCGAAAUGCCCGUGCCCAUCCCCAAAGACGCCAACCUGAACCUCAUACGUAUUGAAAUGCUCAAUCUGGGAGCGGAGUACGUUUGGCUGGAUGUUCUCUGUUUGAGACAGAGAGGCAGGUCAAGGAAGGAUCUGCGCGAAGAGGAGUGGGAACUCGAUGUGCCCACUAUCGGGCACGUCUAUCGCGUGGCUAAGAGGGUGGUGUAUUACUUUAACGGGAUGGGCCGACCUUUCGGUUUCUGCACAGGCAACCUGGAAAGACAGCCGUGCUGGUUAAAUGGCUCUUGGAUGCUACAGGGGAUCAGUACCAAUAGGGCUAUUGGUGGGAUUACAGAUGGUACUAGCUCUUCAAGCGCCAGGCCGACGGAUCAGGAAGAUUAUCGCGCAGAGAACAAACUGGGAAGACUUCGCAGGGAACUGGAGUGCUUCGAUAACCUCGGCUCCUGUCACUCCAAUGUGUUUGAAGCCCUGGUGCAGAUGCAAGAUCUCGUGUCGCAGAUUCCUGUGGACAGAGUUGCAGGGCUUGUAUUCCUGCUGGAGUCAAACACGAUCCUAGCUUACUAUGAGACGCAGUCUGUAGAGGAUGACUGGACUGCGCUAGUGAACACGAUGUAUAAGGUGUAUCGUGCCCAAUUGCUCCUUGCAUAUCCAUACCCCAGAGGCGGAGCCAUGAAAUGGCGACCAACAUGGAAGCAAGUUAUGACCGGGAAGCUGCCGUCAAUUGGCAGGGACUCGUACAUCUGCGAAGAUCUUCGUUGGGAUGAAAAGACGGGAGCCGACACGUAUCAUGGGUACUUGAUUCACAGUGGGUUGGUGCGAGGACUGGCCACCGAAGACCCGGAAGGAGGAUUGAGAGGCGGAGAGUUGAUGUCAGAGACUGGAAAGGAAAGAGCCUUACGAUUCAAAUCGUCGCCGCACAUAUGUACGGUUAGGGAGCAGCGGACUAGAGGGAAGCUCGAGAAAGUAUCAGUGUUCGAAAUUCCCGAUGAGGACGAGUCGCAGAGACCGAAUAACAUGCGCAUCGCUAGUCGGUCGCAGACUACUCUGAUUUGA